AUGUUCCUCCGUUACAUAUCCUCUCCACUCCAGGCUGACCUAGCUCUCCAGAAGCUUUUUGCUCCUCUUCCUGUCCAUAUCGGUCUCGAUAUCGAGUGGAAACCAAAUCAUGUCAAAAACACGCCCGAGAACCCCGUCGCCCUCCUCCAGAUCGCCACUUCCGAUGAUGUUUAUCUGUUUCAUCUUUCCCGCCUCCGCUUUUUUCCACCAAAACUACGCCUGCUGCUCAUCAACCCUUUCAUUACAAAGUCUGGCGUGGGUAUCCAGUACGAUGUCACCAAACUCUGGACAGACUGCGGCAUUUCCGUCUCGUCAUGUGUGGAUCUCUCUCUCCUCGCUCGUUCCAUCGACUCCACUCUAUUUGCCUAUCGUCUAGGCGAUUACUCUCACAUUCCUCUCUAUCCCCAGUCUUCUCCCACCGUCGACAAUCCCUACGAUCCCUACGAACACCGUCUCUUCAGAGGUCCUUUUAAAAACCCCAUCGGUCUCGCUCGCUUCGCACGUAUGUUCCAAGGAACAGAGCUCGACAAGGGAAGAACCGCUAGGAGUAAUUGGGAAUCCCCUCUUUCUUCUCAACAAAUCAAAUACGCAGCAGCAGACGCAACAACAAGCUACUCUACCUACUUUUCUCUCCUCAACCUCCUCAAUCCCAUCCCUUCUGACCUCUGUCCAAAACGAAAAUACUUUAUGUUUGAUGCUAUACGUGGUGCCAAAUACUUGCCGAUCCAACCUGAACAAAGGCUUCCUUACCCUACCAUCUCUACCUUUACCGAUAGCGAUGCAGAGUCUUACCUACACGGUCUCGCACCCAUACAACAACCUCACGGUCUAUUCCCCUGGUCUCUCACCAAUCCAGAAUACGAUCCUGCUCCCCGUCCUAUAGUUGACUCCAAGAAGGCUUGUACCUAA